AUGAACAGUGUUCGCUGGAGGCAGCUGAUAGUUCGGUUAAAAGGGAGCUGGACCAGCACAGCCUGCAUCAAGCCAAGGCAAGGGCGCGUUGCUCAAAGGGAGUCUGCUGCCAUGGCUCCCCCAGCGGAGGUGCCCACCGUAGAGCUGACCGACAUGGCCUCCCCUGCCAAGGCGGAGGGGGCUGGGGACUCUGCUGGCCCCCCCGGGGGCGUGGACGCCAGCUGGCGGGUGGUGGUGAUUGGGGAUGCGGAGGCGAGCAGUGCGGAGGCACGGUAUGCGGGCAACAAGGUGCGCACCAGCAAGUACACGCUGCUCACGUUCCUGCCGCGCAACCUGUGGGAGCAGUUCCACCGCGUCGCCUACAUCUACUUCGCAAUCAUCAUGAUCUUGAACCAGAUCCCAGUGCUGGCCGUGUUUGGGCGCACCGCCAGCCUGUUCCCGCUGCUCUUCGUGCUCAUUGUGACGGCCAUCAAGGAUGGCUACGAGGACUGGGGACGCCGCCGCAGUGACCGCAAGGUCAACGCCGCCCCCUGCUUUCGCCUCACCCCCGGUGGGUGGGCGCCCUGUGCGUGGCGGGAGCUGCGCGUGGGGGACGUGGUGCGCCUCACGGCAGACGAGGUGGUCCCCGCGGAUCUGGUACUGCUGGCGACAGCGGGGGACAGCGGGACGGCCUACACCGAGACCAUGAACCUGGACGGGGAAACCAAUCUAAAGAGCCGCCACGCGCGCCUGGAGACGCAGCGCGCGGGAGAGGGCGUGGCCGGGCGCGUGGUGUGCGAGCCGCCGAACCGCAACAUCUACGAGUUCACGGCGUACCUGGACCUGGGGGCCGGGCGGGUCCCGCUGAGCGCGGGCAACAUGCUGCUGCGCGGGUGCGUGCUGCGCAACACGGAGUGGGCGGUGGGGGUGGUCGCGUACGCGGGGCCGGACACCAAGGCCAUGCUCAACAACAGCGGCGCGCAGUCCAAGCGCAGCCGCCUGGAGAAGCAGAUGAACCGCGAGACGCUCGUGCUGGCCGGCAUCCUGGGGGGGCUGUGCGCAGUGGGGGCCAUCGGGAUGGGCGUGUGGCUGAACCAGCACGACACGCGGCGGGUGCCCUGGUACGGGCGGGGGGGCGAGUACCACGGGCGCGCGGGCGAGGCGCUGCUCAACUUCUUCAGCUUGAUCAUUUUGCUGCAGAUCCUGGUGCCCAUCAGCCUGUACAUCAGCCUGGAGCUGGUGCGCCUCUUCCAGGCGCUGCUGAUGCAGUGCGACCUGCACCUCUACUACGCGCCCGCGGACGAGCGCCUCAAGUGCCGCGCACUCAACAUCAACGAGGACCUCGGCCAGAUCCGGUACGUCUUCAGCGACAAGACGGGCACGCUCACGCAGAAUCGCAUGGUCUUCCACGCCGCGUCCAUCGCAGGGGUCGACUACAGCCAUGCCACGCGCGUCGAGGCUGCCCCCCUCGUGCCCGCCAGUGCCGCGCCCAAGGACGCCCUGGCCCCCGAGAUCAAGGCAGCUGUCUCCAGCCUUGGCCCCGCAACGCCCCCCCCUCCCACGGCGUGGCAGCCCGCGAGCGGCGCCAUGGUGGACGCGCGCCUCCUGGCGGCCCUGGCGGACCCCCACCAGGGCCACGCCGUGCGCGACUUCCUGAUCGUGCUGGCCGCCUGCAACACUGUCGUCCCCACCACCGUCAAGCGCACCCCCGAAACUCCACCCAGUGCCGGCACUCCCGCAACCCGGCAGGGGUCGUUUGCGCGGCGAGCGUUUGAGUCGCCGCAGGUGUCGAGCCUGGGGCGGGGGGGCGCGCCUGCGGUGCAGCUGGAGUACCAGGCGGAGUCGCCGGACGAGCUGGCCUUCGUGGCCGCCGCCGCAGCGUACGGGUACACGCUGCUCGAAAGGACGUCCGAGGCGAUCGUCAUCGAUGCGCAGGGCACGCGCGAAAAGUACUCGGUGUUGGGCGUGCACGAGUUCGACUCGUCGCGCAAGCGCAUGUCGGUGGUGGUGCGCGCCCCAGACGGCGGCGUGCGCCUGCUGGUCAAGGGCGCCGACUCGGCGAUGGUGCCGCUGCUGGGCCAGCUGUACACCAGCAAGGGGCCCGUGCACAGCCGGCGACCCUCCUGGGACGGCAAGCAGUUGCCUCUUCCUCCUUCUGGCGGCCACCGGCGGCGGUCCAGCCGCGAGGGCGACAUUGCGUCGUCGUUGCUGACGGCCACGCAGGCGCACCUGGACCAGUACGCGCGUGAGGGCCUGCGCACCCUCGUGCUCGCGCACCGCGCUAUGCCGCCCGAGGAAGUCGCCGCCUGGGCCGACAAGUACCGCGCCGCCGCGACCGCCAUGGUGGGGCGGGCGGCCGCGCUGGCGGCGCUGGCGGCGGAGACGGAGACGGGACUGACGCUGCUGGGGGCGACGGGCAUCGAGGACAAGCUGCAGGACGGCGUCCCCGCCACGAUCGCGCUACUGCGGCGCGCGGGGCUCAAGGUGUGGGUGCUCACGGGCGACAAGCAGGAGACGGCCGUCAGCAUCGCCUUCAGCUGCCAGCUGCUGACGGACGAGAUGACGCCGCUCGUCAUCUGCGACGCCGCCUCCAAGGAUGCCUGCGCUGCUGCGCUCGCCAGCGCCACCGCGCAGUAUCUCGGGGGGAGCGGUGGAGGCGUGGCCAAAGGAGCGCGGGCACGGCGGAAAAGCGGCGACGGGGGGGGCCAGUACCGGGCGGUGGAGGGAGACCGCGUGGCGCGGCUGCAGCAGUCGAGCAGCAGCAGCGGGGCAGGAGUGAGCGCCAGCGAGCGCGUGCAGCGGUGGGGCGGCGCGGGCGGGGCAACCAACGGAGAGGCGGAGGCGGCGGGGCCGAGCCCGCGACAGCUGGCGCUGGUGAUUGACGGGCAGUCGCUGCAGUACGCUCUCAGCGAGGAGCUGGAAGACCAGCUCUUUGCCAUCGCCCGCGCGUGCCGGGCGGUGGUGUGUUGUCGGGUUGCCCCGCUGCAGAAGGCGGGGGUGGUGGCGCUCAUCAAAAGAAAGGCCAAAGAGAUGACCCUCGCCAUCGGAGACGGCGCGAACGACGUGUCGAUGAUCCAGAUGGCGGACAUCGGGGUGGGCAUCAGCGGGCAGGAGGGGCGGCAGGCCGUCAUGGCGUCCGACUUUGCGAUCGCGCAAUUCCGCUUCCUGGGGCGGCUGCUGCUGGUGCACGGCCACUGGUGCUACCAGCGGCUGGGGUACAUGGUGCUGUACAACUUCUAUAAGAACGCCAUCUUCGUGCUGCUCCUCUUCUGGUUCAUCUUCUUCACGCAGUGGAGCAGCAUCUCCGCGCUCUCCAGCUGGAACCUCGUCUUCUUCUCGCUGCUCUACACCAGCCUGCCCACCAUCGCCGUCGCUUCGCUCGACCAGGACGUCAGCGCCGCCACGCUGCUGCACUACCCGCACCUCUACGCCAUCGGCCAGGAUGACGUCACCUACAACCGCACCAUGUUCUGGGUCACCAUGGCGGACACGACAUGGCAGUCGCUGGUGCUCUUCUUCGCGCCCUACUUCACGUUCGCGGCCGGCAGCCCCGCCACGCUGUGGGAGGUGGGCAACCUGUGGUGCCUGCUCGUCACGCUGACGGUCACGCUGCACCUGGCCAUGGACGUGUACCACUGGACGUACGUGCACCACGCCGUCGUCUGGCUCUCGCUGCUCAUCACCGUCGUCACCAUGCUCAUCCUGGACGCCUUCCCCGCCUCCCAGCAGUACUGGGUGAUGUACCACGCGUGGGGGGACGCGCGGUACUGGCUCAACGUGCUGCUGGUGCCCCUCGUGUGCGUGCUGCCGCGCUACCUCGUCAAAGUGGGCCGCCAGUGGUACUUCCCCACCGCUGUGCAUGUGGCGCGAGCCAAACAGCUGGCGCACCAAGGAGGGGGGUUCAGCCUCGUGGGGGGGGCGACCCAGCUGGCAGGGACGCCGAGGAUGCCGGGGCAGGGAAGCGGGAGUCACGAAGGACGACAAAAGGGAGAGGAGUUGAAAGAUGUGGCAGAACUGCAUCCAAACGGUGUACCUUGAGGAAACUGCCUCCGGCCCUUUCUUGAUCAAGUUUUGUAAAUGAACUUCUAUAUGUGGGAUUGCUAAGCGCUUCUUGGCGCCUACCUCCCUAGAA